GAACGUUUGUCCUGCCAGUACCUGAGAUACAUACAAAUGCUGUGAAUUUGUCGCGGCUGAGCUCGAAUGACUGACUAUUCCGUCUUUGCUAGGCCUGAUUUCGACGCCCACGAAUACGCCAAUGCCAUACUUUCGGGCGAGCCAUACCCUCCUCAGCAAUCUACCGGAAAACCUGUCAAGUCAUCUUCCAAGGUUGCCGGAGGAAUUGAGCCCGCAAAGGAAGAUAUCUCUGUAGCCAUAUCCAAGUUGGACUUUGGAAUCGAGGAUGUCUCGAAACAGCUAAAGAAUGUUGUCACUACUCAUCACGAGGAACUCCUGGUUCAAGCUGCCGGAGUCAGCGAAUUAGACAGUUCCUUGACAUCAGUCCGGGGUGGACUGGGGGAACUAGAGACGUCACUGGAAAAACUUCGCUCUAAGAUACGCACACCCUAUCAAUCUCUACAGACCCAUGUCACCCGACUGCAGCGCUUGCAACAGGCACUGGAUGUGUUACGCCGUAUGUCUAGGUUUGUCGUGGUAGCGCGACGACUCGAGUCCCAGAUGGCCGAGAUGGACGCUGCUGAGACUGCUCCAGACGCUUCGGCGGAUGGCAAGGCCACCCCUUCCCGUGCAUUGGAUCACGAGGAAGAAAAGGAGCGGACUAUCGCCAGAGCGGCUCUCAGUAUCGCCGAACUCGCGGCGCUGCUCGAAGCUUCGCCUGAAACGGAAGCAGAACCCUCCGGCAGCGACAAGUCAGCACACAACCGGACGAGCCCCGAAGAUAGGCCGCAGUCAUCUACAACCGAAGAUGACGAAGAUGAGAACGAACCUAUAGACAGCCCGGCGAUACCACUUCGCGCUAUUAAUGCCGUGGCAGCCCACGUUCCCUUUAUCGAGGCAUCCCGUGCUAAGAUCACGACCGAGAUGGAGAAUACAGUAGUCACCGGGCUGGCAACUUUGAACCAAUCGCUCCUGGCGUCAUCCCUGCAGACCGCUCACAAUCUCCGGGUCCUGCCAGAGGUUGUCCAGAACCUGGUACUGGACUUGGCCGGUGCCUUAGAUAGCAGGAUACGUGCGGCAUUCGACUUAUCGCAGUUAUCAAAGGAUGCGGUGACCAAAGAUACUGCGCCCACCUCUCAAAGUGUCCUAUACAAGUCGCGUGUCCGUACCGAGCCUACAAACCUCACCGCGCCGCAAUGGAACGCCUUAUUGUGGACGAGACUGGAGGCGCUUGUGGAGGAGCUGACAGGAUGUUGCGUCAAGGUUUAUACGCUGGAGAAGGUACUAAAAAUGAAGAGAGAUCCUGUUACCGGUGCAGUCUUCCUUGACGAGGCCAUGAAGGUGCUAGAGGAUCGGCCAAGUACGACCUUCUGGUCUUCGUUGUGUCGAGCCCUAGAGAAGCAAUGCAAAGACGCUGCCAAAGGAUCUUCGUUCUUGCAGCAAACACUGAGCGGCGGAUAUCCUCGGCUGUUGAGGCUGUUCCAUGAGUUCUUCGCCAAGAUAGCCGUACACACGGAUACCGUUUAUAGCGCGACGCACCAGAGCCCGGAAACUAUCCUUGUCGUUAGGGCUCUCUCCACCUUCGAGGGUAUCUACCUGUCUCGAGUCAGCAACAAGCUCAACGAAACUGUGGGCCAAGCUUUUGCUGGCGGUAUGCGCUCUCCACCGGGCGCGAACGAGGGAGUCAAUAUCGCUAGGGGUAUCGCGAACGAGCUCGACUCCGCCAAGUUUGAUCCCUUGCUCAUCAAGUCCGUGGCUCGAAACACAGUUUCUAGCCUUGAUUUGAUGCUAAAUCGAGCAGACAGCUUAUUGGUACGAGAUCGGUCGGCCUUCACGUUGAUGGGCCCCACAGCCACCCCUCAGCAGGUGCUGAACGGUCAGGUCACCUCGUUGCUGUAUCACUGCUGGUUGCGGCUGCAAAAGUUGGAGGAGGAGUAUCCCGAGAACGUGACUAGCAUUCUGAGCCCCCAUGUCAAGAAAAUUCGCGCCGCAUAUGAGAAGAUGACUGAUCCUCUCUUGACUGCAAUAAAACGAGAGCUAGGCGCCAUCAUCGCCCGAGUCCACAGGACAGACUUCGGUAAAGACGUUGAUCCCAUGGCAGGCAUGGGAGGCGGUGCUAGUCUUUAUAUGAAGGAUCUUGUGGAGAAAUUAACAUUUGUCAAGAUGGAGAUAUUGAACAAGUUCAAUAUUGGCGACGAAAUGCGAUCAUGGAUUACGACGAUCGUGAAGUAUGUCCUAAGGACCUUCGUCUUGCAUGUUUCGAUUGUCAAGCCACUGGGAGAAAGCGGCAAACUCCAACUCACCAGUGAUAUGACCGAGCUCGAAUUCGCGAUCAGCGCGUUCAUGACAGACAGUCAGGCCAAAAGACGGGGAGCAGACUGGAGUUCGGUAGGCGAUGGUUACCAUGCUUUGCGGGCUAUGAGGCCGCUUCUUUUCUUGGACAAUGCACAAUUAGCAUCGCCGCAACACACCACUGGUCUACCGCCAUUGAUAGUCCUUCACCAUAUUCUUGUGCGAUCCGCAAUCCCGCUGCCUCACAUGCUUCAUGGUUGGCAAGAAGCUGAAUACGUGCGGUGGGUAGAUGAGCACACAGAAGAGGAGGCAUUGACUCUGAUCGAGGGUGGAUUGUCACACUGGGAGAAGAUUACGGAGGCGGAGGGUAAAGAUCCCUCUGCUGCUUUGGAGUAUGUACAACUGGCGCGGGCUGUACUUGCUCGGGGGAGGGCCACCUGAGAUUAUGCAGCCCAGCGGUUCUUCUUGUCAUCUCUGUUGCCGUGAGACCGAGGCAUCUACCCAUUGUCGACUUGCAUGACAAGAUGACAUUGAGAUGACAUUGUUCAGAUUGCUGGUUUUCCGAAGCCCUUGUUGACCAUUCCAAAGAAACCAGUAU